UCAACGUUCGCUGCUCAGGCCACAGACUAACCACCUGCUUCAACAUGACUGACGUUGAUAUGAAUGGCGCUGACGAUGCCAACGGCGUUGAUGCCGGGAACGACUGGGUGCGCAUCAAGAGCGCGGACGGCUUCUCGUUCCUCGUCAAGCGACGUGUUGCCAUGGCCAGUGGAACGCUGCGAAACAUGCUGAGCGCAGACAGCAAUUUCAAGGAGGCACUCGCGAACACAUGUCCCAUCGAAGAGCGAGCUGCGGUGGUAGAGAAAGUAUGCGAGUACAUGUCCUUCAAGGCACAUCACGAGAACGCGCCGCCGCGCGAGGAGAUCCCUGUCAACGAGUUCACGGAGCGUAUACCCCCCGAGAUUGCGCUCGAGCUGCUGCUCGCCGCCGACUACCUCGAAGAUCUCUCCGAAGCCUUCCUCCCAGUCUUCCUCCUGUAG